CAUUCGCGGUCCCCGAAAUCGACUGGCAGUCGGUACUAUCUCUGAGGCUGGUGUCACGGGCGUGGUGUGUGAGCGCUACAGAUAUACUGGCGCGGUAUCAUACAUGGGUUCUUCGCUUCAACUCCUUCCGCCAGCGGAGAAACACGCUCGCAUUCGUCGAUAUACAAAGCAUCAUAUCGCGAGACGGAAGGGACAAGUCUGAGGCCCAGAGCACCGUUGCGUCUGCAGUUAGGAACCUAGCUGUCGAGUUGGGUCCGGAUAAGCUGACGUUCAAGAGGAGAUACCGCAUCGAGGACGGAAGGUAUGUGUUUGAGAUAUCUCUUUCAGAUGUUUCCCCUUGUUUGUAAUGUUUCAGUGUGUGUUGGGCGUCGUGUAUGUGCUAAAUGUCGCUCCCAUUAGCCAGUUUCAGGCCGGCGAGUUUGAAGAGAAGUUCGAAGAGUUGGCCGAACGCUUCCGGGUACGAGAAAACGAGAACUCCUUGAGGAAUACAACAGCUGUCCAACAACAGCACGAGAGCGCUAGAAGUCCCAUUAUUCGGAGCCUCCUUGGUAGCUUACGUUGCGUUAAACAGUUUGCCGUGUCAUUCCCCUCUGUCUCUAGCAUCUACUUGGACGCUCCUUUCUACGAAGUUAUCUGUUACGACGAAGAAGCGGUAGCUGAGCUGCUGAAUACCUUCUACCACGCGCUACUCCUCCCCGCAUUCCGUCAUGUAGUAGACCUACGUCUCGAGCUUCCCACGACGCGAGAUAUCGGCUUACUCGCCGGGGCUCUUAGUCAAGAGGCAAGAAGCAUGCUUCAACACUUACUGCUCCGGGUAGUCGACGAGACAGGCCCCGGCGGGAGCCAAUCGUAUAGGAACGAGAGCCAAAACGACGACGGGACAGAAAACGGAUACCUUGAGUCGGGGUACUUCCCAAGCAAUUGGCAACACAAGUUCCCGAACCAGGCGCACCAGGAUGAGCUAUUCGCCCUGGUCUCUUCCUGUCGAAACUUAAGAUGUUUGGCGAUUGAUGCGACCCAUUAUCUCGACCUCGAUCGCCUCCACUGGCUGCCCUCUAGGGGCUUGGAGAUGUUGUCCCUACAGCGUUUGUGGGCAAGCGAGGAGUCGCUGAUCAGACUACUUUCACCUUCCCCGGAAUCGACUCACAAGCCGGUCAUUAGGCGAGCCAAUCUGGAACAUGUUCAGUUCAAACCGGGCGGUGGUACCUGGCUGACAGUCUUUCGGUUUCUUGAAAAAGAAUGUCCAGACCUGGAGUAUUACAGUCUCAACCGAUGCUCUCACUUUGAGGAUGCCUACGGAUACAUUUAUAUGACCUUUGGGCGGAUAAAAAUGGAAGAAUGGGAGCGGACGGAUUGAUGGACAAACUUAUUGGUAAGACGAAUGAUGUUUACCCUUAUGAUUAGUUUUCAGCUCCGAGAGUCACGGUCGUGAUAAGGGAAAGCGUGAGCACAUAAUACCUAUGUGAUGGAAAUGGCAACAUUACUAAUUUAAGAAAUUAUAAAAUACAGAAAGAGGCGGUCUUUACUUCCUUAGAAUAUGAAGUACCGGGUUUGUAGCAUCAGUAGCGUCCCUCGAAAUAUGAUUCAAAUAUUAAUAAAACAAUUAAACCUGG